UGCAAGUAGGGGUCUGGCGUUUGCCGCAGCAUCGAAACCACGGUGGUUGGUUCUAUGAGAUCACAGCUUGCUCGUCCGCCCAACAAAAACCGACAUUCAACGGGGAUUGUGAAAGGGAAUUAUAUAGGAAAUGGAGGGAUAAUAGUGGUUGGGUAUCAUGGACGUUGUUGCCUCUAUACAUAGAGUGGUGUCAGACUGAAGGCUACCCGAGGAGAGCAGCGUUUCGUCAGUCUGUCCGCAUGUCUCGGGUUAGCGACGGUCGUUAACGUAAACACUGCGCGUCCAUCCAUAGGCCGCUCACUGACCCAAGGAGAGAUCAUGGGAGUGCAGAUGGAGGCAAGUAUCUAAGCAACAACACCUGAAACAUAGUGCUGCCUCGGGACAAUGGGGUACAAGAUCCCCGGGGCAGCGAUGGACCGGGUCAGCCUGCUGUGGCGUAUGCGCCGGCGGGCUCGCAGAGGGGCGCUAUGCAUGGGCUUCUUCUGCGUCUCCAUGGCAUUGCUCUACGCCCUCUGUGCUGAGAACAGCGUUCCCGUCACGGAUGCAAUCUUCGGUGUGCGGGCACGCACCCGUGCCCAGCCCCGCGCACACUCUGUCAUCAAGGUGCUGCGAGGCGGGGCCAAGCCAAUGUACAUCGACCCUCAGAAGCUUCCAGGCGUCGUCCCUGGCAACCCCCACCGUCCAAUCCCUGUGCUUUCAUCGCCAAACCACACCCAGGAGGUUAAGGAAACACACUCCAAGUGGAAACAGAAAGAGCGGGAGCCCACAGGAUUUCUCGCUUGGCUUUUGCCCCGCCCCUUCAGGCGUGCAAUGGAGACCCUGUUUGGUGGGCGUCGUAAGGGGGAGCUGAGCGGCGCAGGAGAUGCUGCGUUCUUCGGGCCCAACGGAGCUCUGGGGGAGGUGUGGGACGAUGAGAUGUCAAGCAGCAUGUUAGGACACAGGCUGAGAAAGGUGGUGCAGAACUAUCAGGCGAUGAACAAGUAUGGGGUGGAGGUCUCCGGACCUGGGGGUGUGGUCAGCCGCCCCAAGGUGAGCGGUCCUGAGCUGCUCUGCCAGUUGAAGGAGAAGGUGGAAGUCUCCACUCUGACCUCUGAUCUUCAGCCCUUCUCUUCGCUGACCUGGGCAUCCCAGCUGCCCCCUAAACCUCUCACCUCUGAGCUGGGCCCCUUUAAGACCUGCGCCGUGGUGUCAUCUGCUGGAUCGCUACGCUACUCAGGACUGGGGAAGGAGAUAGACACUCAUGACGCCGUCCUCAGAUUCAACGCUGCACCCACUGUGGGUUUUGAAAAAGACGUUGGCUCCGUGACCACUAUCCGCCUCAUCAACUCACAGGUGAUGGCUUCAGAAGACCACCGUUUCCUGUCCAGUUCUCUGUAUAGCACUGGUGUUCUGGUGGCCUGGGAUCCUGCACCUUUCUCUGCUAAUCUCAGCAAGUGGUACAACAAGACAGAUUACCCCAUCUUUGAUCAGUACCAACGCUACAGGAGGCUUCACCCUCUCCAGCCUUUCUACAUCCUGCAUCCUCGCUUUGAGUGGCAGCUUUGGCAACGAAUCCAGGAUAACAUGGCAGAACCCAUACAGAAAAAUCCACCCUCUUCUGGCCUUCUAGGCACAGUUCUGAUGAUGUCAUUGUGUGAUGUCGUGCAUGUGUACGAGUUCCUGCCGUCCCGGAGGAAGACCGAGCUGUGUCAUUACUACCAGCGUUUCUAUGACGCUGCCUGCACACUGGGGGCCUACCACCCCCUGCUCUACGAGAAGAACCUCGUCAAGAGGAUGAACCAGGGGCUCGACCGGGACAUUUACACCCACGGCCGGGUCACAUUACCGGGCUUCAGAAGCCUCAACUGUACCCAGAGAGCUGGAAGUAAUAAGGCAAUGACUUAAAUAGCCAGCUACCUCACAUCCCAACACAAAGACACAUACUUUCACAAAAAGACACACACAGAUAUACACCCAGAACCACAUGUGGAUUUUACAUCCUAUCUUCAAACACAAUUGCAGAUACACAUACCUCCUUGGCACAAGCAUGCCACACUGAAAGGCGUGAUUAAAAAAAAAACGAAUCUACCUAAAAAUGAACUUUUUUUUAGGUUUUCAAAACGUACACAGCUUUCUUGUGUACGUUUUGAAACACACAAAGGACACACAUGCACACACCUGUUUGGUUGUUCUGUAGGCUUCUAUCUAUGUACAUACUGUAAACAUGUAUAUGGUCACAACAUGGUGAGGUGCUGAUGUGUGCUGUCUCUCUCUCUCACCCAGCCUCUGUGUCUGAGGCGGGCUAGAGACCAGGGACAGCCACACGAAUGUCUCUGCAUGCAUGACUUGAUCCGCACGCACACACAUGCCCACUCUACUCUGUCCUGCAUGUUUUAAAUAUUUCUCUGCUCCACACACCUGAUUCAAAUGAAUGGGUCGUUAUCUAGUUAAUGCGUAAGCCUGCUAACAACAAUUUAUUUGAAUCAGGUGUGUUGGAACAGGGAAAUAUCUAAAACCGUCAGGACAGGGGGUACUUGAGGACCAGGGGUGAGAACCACUGUUAUAGACCACUUAUUAGAGGCCUCAUAUCCCUGGUCGGACACCCUGAAUAUGGCCUGUGUGGUACACUAAACACUGUAUCCCCUCACCUAACCCUUUAUCAAUAUUUGAAUGCAGACAGGGGACUUCAGAUGUGUAUUUGGUUAUUUAUACAACCAGGGACAAUCAAUUGAUAGAUUAAAUACAUCCACAGUAUAAUACUCGUACUGAACAAUAACCAAUAACUGCAGGCAGCUGAGCAGGAGAGUCUUCCUUGAAGCAGCGCAUCAAGAGCCUCCUAGUGGACAAGAAAAUUAAUAUUUAAUCCCUUUGGAGGAUAGAUUUGUAUUUAUUGAUGUCAUUACAUUUUAGAGAGAAUGUUAAACAGUUUGUCUGUAAACUUAUUGUUGCACUCUUGUCCUUAACCUAUUCCCCUGCUGGUUGUGGGUCAUUUAUUUAUUAAAACAGGUUUUCUUUGUGGUUUAAACUUGUUUGGAGAGCAGACCUAAGGAAAAAGAACAAAGUUAGUUUUCAAGGGCACUGUCUUGUCACACUCAUGUUACUUUCUUGGUUUUAAGAUAUAUUAACAGCUAGUACGAGGAAAAAGUGGACUUUUACGACAAACCACAACGAACUGCUUUGAUCACGUACCUCUGUCCUGUGUUUUAUUUUUCAAUCUGCAUUUAUGCUUUUAAAAAGCAUGGCUGAAUAGUGUUGCAUGACUACUGUAUACCUACUCAGUAUCUCAAUACCAACCCUAUAUCAUACUUACAAUACUAAUUUUAUGGAAGAUUAUACCGUUGUUUUUUAUGCUAGUGAUUAGUAUCACAAACCAGUCAAAACAAGCAGCUGUCUGCAAUCCUGUAAGAUUACAUGUUAAACUAAUUUGUGUUUUUUCCAUGCACAGUACAGACACAAGUCAGCAAUGAAACGUUAUGUGCUUUAAAAAAGCAGUUGUAAAAAAUGUGGUACUUUUAUAAAAGUAACUGGUAUUAUUUUUUGGGCAAAUAUUGGUACAGUUAAUCUGUGGUAACUGCAAUGGCUGGAGACUGAAGCCGGAUCAUGACCGCAAGCUCUGAAAGGCUUCAAAUCCGAGACAGAUACAGCAUCCGUUGCAAUUAACCUACAGAGAAUGUAGUGACAGAAGGGAAAUCUAAUAAAAUUGCACUUUUAUCAAAAUUGGCAUUUAUGAGGACACACCUGUACUCUCUUCGAUUGAAAUAACACCUUAUGUCCCUACAUCCACUGUGCCAAAACAUUUCAUCUCAGGAAAUGAUUGUCUCCUCAACAAAGCAUGUCUUUUUCAUUUUCAGUGAAGCAUGAUCUUAUAUGGUCAAGGCUCCAUCUACAACACUGUCCUGGCACACAAGGACAUGAUCUAUAAAUGGCCUACAGUUAGGAAGUAUCAUUCCUUAAUAAAGAUAUACCUAUAAGAAAUACAUUUGAAAUUUGCUGGAAAGCAUUGCUUGAAGGAGGGUAUGUUGAUGACCGAUUUAGUUUUGUGACAGGACAUCAAGCAAAGGGAAAUUGUCAUUUUCUUGCAUUUGGGUACUUUAUCACUGCCUAUCUGUCACACGUCAACCCAUCUUGGUACACAAAGAGUAAUCUCUCACAAAGCUUAAAUGCUGAUAAAUAUUGAUGGUUGUAACAAUAAAUAUAUCCGGUAUACAUGUUUUUCCUAGGUCUCCUCUUCCGUAACAUUGUCAAAAAUGUCAAUACCGUGUCAAUGGAAUGUUCAAGUCAUGUUUUCAUUAAAGGGAGUUAU